AAUGACGUUAUGGUCGACGAUUGGACGGUGUGUGAACUGCCCGGAGCGAUUCCACACAAUGUGUAAACGUAAAGGGAACAACAGGGGUUGGGAGAAAAAAGAGGGAGUGAGAAUAUAAGCCACGGAAUCGGAGAAAACUCGGUUGAAAAGGAGGGGAUCGAAUUGCAGUGUUCGAGAGGCGAUCGAUUGCGGACUCUUACAGUUCUUACCAUUUGAAGUGUUGAGAUUACAAGUUUUGAGGGCUAUCGACUUUAUUAACUGGGUGCAUCAAGUGCAUUGGAAUACCGAAGCACUUAUUGGCACACACAACGGCUGUAAUGGAAGAUGAUGUAACAUUUCAUGAAUUAUAAUUUUGAGACAAGUUGGUUUUACCAGUUUUGUGUUGUGGUUGGAUCAAAGACUGAACAUCAGCUUUCAUCUGUGUAAAGAAUUGAUUCUGGUUUUCUUUUGGAUUAUAUUUGAAGACCAAAACCUGAUCAUUGGGGCUUUUACGUUUCAGAAUUCCAUCAUACUUGUGUUCCUUUCAAAUCUGGAAGAUGCCGAUCCUGAAGCAGCUUGUGGCCAGCUCCAAUCAAUCCAAACGACGCUCUCGUGUCGACUUGACUGCAGACAUGAUCAGUGCUCCUCUUGGUGAUUUCAGGCAUACGAUGCAUGUAGGUCGUGGGGGUGAUGUCUUUGGAGACACUUCAUUCCUUUCUAGCACAUUUGGAGCUGAAGGUCCUGCCGCUCCUCCUGAAGCGACACCCAAGCCAGGACUUCUCUCUCGGAAAUUCAGAAGCAGCAGCAAACGCUCUCAGUCAGUAACACGUGUUGAUAAGCGAGACACACUGACACAGAGUGAUUCGGCAAUAUUUGUAAAAAAUGCAGUGUCUUUGCCUCAACUCAAUGAUAAGACCAUGGAGCCAACUAAUCAGAUGGCCAAGAGCCUUUCAUCAAGUCCAAUAAAAAAGCUUGCAAGUGAACAGAUGGAAGAUGUACCUGUCAAUGGAGCUGCCAACACUAUUGAAAAUAAAUGUACAGAAUAUCAAGAUGAGCGAGAUUUUGGAGAUAUUACAGACCUUCCUACUUCUCUUUCCAGUGGUGGCUUUCCACUAAAGCAUGCUGAAUCCAUCAUGUCCUUUCAUGUUGAUCUUGGUCCUUCAAUGCUUGGUGAUAUUUUAAGUGUUAUGGAAAAAGAUACUUGGGAGAAUGAUGUUGAUCUUGGUUUUGGUGAUGACAAACAAGGACCUUAUUCUAAUUCACAAAAUGUGGCCAAAGAGAAGUUUGUAGAGGAGCCUACAGUACCAGCAAUAACCUUGCAAAGUAACAUUAAUAGUGUUGUAUACAGCACAGCAUCUGGGAGCCACUUAUCACAAGAUAGUGGUUCCAUGUCAAGUUUGGCAUCUGGGACUACAGAAGAGAGGCGAUCAGUUUAUGAGGGAGUUAGUCAUGGAGAUGUAGACAGUAUGAAAAAUAUUGCUGAAUCCAGAGAUGUUUUCAAAGAGGAAUCUGUGAACGAAGGAGAUGAAGAUUUUACCUUCAUGGAUGAAGAGGAUGAAAUCCGUGUGUAGAAUUGGCCUAUUUAGAUCGGAUUAUUUGCUUUUUAUUUUAAACAGGAUUUGGAGAAUGAGAUGACUUUAUCUGUCCUAGAACUUACAGCAUUAAUGAAUUAUGGCAGGAUUGCACUAGACUCUUACACCACAGACUCGAAAUAUAUUCUGUAAUAAAGGCUGUAACCAAAAUUCUUUAAUCCACAUAGGCCAGCAACAUCUGCAACGACUCAUGGUGGCUCACUGCUUAUGUUUUAUUCAACCAGAAUUAACCAUAUAUUAUGCACAUUCCUAAACACUGCAAGUACUAUGUUUGUGCUACCUUUAUAUGAAAAGUACAUGCUGGUAUCAAUCCUAUUUUAAUAUUUGCCAGUUCACUAAGUGAACCAAAGGACACUCUCUUUAGAAGAAGUCGCUUGUCUGAUUCCUGUAUCACUACUCAGCCUUAUUUGGAAUCUCUAGUUUAAGGUGCUCCAAUCCUUUGGUUAGCUUCCUUCUUCCUCCUUUAUCCUCCCUGGGGUGCUAUUCUUUCGGAUUUUGUUGUGGAAAGUUGCAAAAAUUAUGUGUGUUCAUGUAGUCUCUGUGAUACAUUCAACCUUUACCUGAGUGAGCUGGGUUUCACCAACUAUUUGGGUGCGAACUUAUUUCUCACAUGGAUAGCAGUUAAUUUUCUCAUAAUUUUUGUAACAUUCACAAGGAAAUACAGAAUAUCCUAACCUGUUAAUACUGUGCUAAUCCUGAACAUUAAAAUAAACUGUACAUUGCUCACUGUGGAAUACUAAUACACAUUAUGCUUCCUAAAUAUUCCAUCAUAUAUUUCAAUGAAAAGUAGUUAUGACCAGAGCACAAUGGUUUUUGGUACAUAAUCUAGAAUUGAUCUGUUUGAGUCUGUCACUGAAAUCUGCCAUUGACAUUUAUCACAUGUUAAUCCACUUGCACUUCAUUAAUUGGGGGCUGACUUUGAAUUGACCCCAAUAUAGCACAUGCAAGAUUGUUACAGGGUUAAACAUUACUCCAAGUCCCAACAUCCAAGUGUUAUCUCCCUGAAUUACAGCAAUAGUUUUACCUCAAAAGUACUUAAUUGUCUGCAAAGCAGUUUAGGACAUUUUAAAGUCAUGGAAAAUGCUACCCAAAUUAAAGUUCAUUACAAUAAGGGCCAGUUAGUGUAGCAUUUUCCAUCUACAUCUAAACUAUCUAACCUUUCUAAGGCUUAACUGCUUUCCCAUUACAAAUUAGAGGUCUACACUUGCCAUCUUUUCCCCUGCAACACCCCCACCCCCCCCCAAGCGAAACAAUUUCAUCAAGGCACAUUUCAUGUAUUUUAUAUGCAUGUAUUCCAUAGGCAUAGUAUAUUUGAAGGAGGGGACAAUCCCAUCUCAAGUCACAGAAUAACCACACUCAGCCAACCAGCUGGUUCUGUUAAGAGAAUUUACAACCCUCUUUUGCUGAGGCAAAGACUUUCGUUUAACUUUUCAAGACAAGUGUGCUAAUUAGGAUUGUAUGGACAUGCCUGCUGCUUACCUCUGCUUGGUAUCCCAUGAAAGAAAAUAUCCUGCUUAAAGAUUUUUAUGAAGGAUACUUAUACAUUUCUAUAUAUACAUAGAAUUAAAUCAUAUUGCAUGGGCAACUUUGAAAAUUAAACCAUGUCACAAAUGCUGCAUUUUAUUCUGACAGUGUAUUAUAGAAAUAACUCUUGGUUACACUGUUGAGACUUUUCAGUAUUAAUAUACAAAUUUAAGGUCCACUAUGCAUCAGAUAAUUAAUAAUUAUGUUUAUAAAUGCGUGUUUUAGAAUUCAAAAUGGCAGGAACAUAAUCCUUCAAUGCAGAAGUAAAGCAGUUUUUCUCCUAAGAAUAUUUUAUUCAACUGACUCAGUUUGAAAUAAGUGAAAUUAAAGUUACCCUUCUACAGAAAAUGAAAGUACCAACUUAUAAUUUCAAAUUUUCACAUUGUAAUAAACUAGUCACAUUUUGCACCAACACGUUUAUGAAUGCACUUCAAAUUUUGUUCCAGUGUCCAUCCCAGUACUGUUUUGGAGCAGGUCAAGAAACCAGUGAGUAGGCAAGCAGUCCUCCUGUGUGAAACAUCCAGGCAUCUAGUUAAAUCUAUACAAACUGGGCCUUAUGAUGUAUAAUUGAGUUUCCACUGAGCAUUGUGCAGCACUGCACCUCAAGCAGAUUAACUGGCAAUGUCCAUGGCAUCUGCUGGAAACUGUUUACAAAAAUACCAGGUAUGUUGCUUUAACGGUUUUUAUGCCUGCCUUGGAAUUGUGUGUUAAUGCUUCUAGUCCACACUUGUCCCACCUAAUCCUGUUGCUUGUACUUUCAUAGCACCACCACUGCAUCUAAUCAUUGGGUCCCACUUGUGCAGCUCCAUGUGCCAUUUGCUGGAAAUGGUUUCGGCCAGUUACCUAGUAAUGAAUUAGCAUUUUCCAAUUAGUUGGAUAAUAAGCCACUAAAUUGCUAAUUUUAAUUGCAAAGUUACUUGUAUUAUCAAGGAGCAAUACAGUGUUCAUAAAGAAACAUGUUAUGGAAUUACACAAUUUUUUUGAGAGAUGAUCUCACAUUUCUUAACCUUAGUUGUGGUGGUGAAUUUGGCCAAAUCAUCCACCAUGGACAAAUCUAAUAACUAAACUUUCCUUUUGUUGAUGAAAAAUUAAAUUUUUGCUUUGGUGUACAAUUAAAUGUUUUGAUACCCUGAAAUGAUUUCAAUCUUUUGUUGCCUUGUUUCCUUAAUUUUCUAAUGCAGCAUUAUUCUAUAUAAAGCACCCCGAAGAUGAAUACUUUUCAAAAGGUAGAAAUCCGUAGUGCCUUGUGAUAUUAAUUUUCUUUUCCAAUAAUUCAUAUUACAGAUCAAUGUAGUGGAGAAAGAACAGAAUUUUCUUUGAUCCUUUUAAAAUUGGACAAAGGGAAUUGCAUUUUUCAGGAAUGUGUCUUCCUGUUGCUGAUGUUGCACAAUGUGUUGCUUUAUAGCCUAAAUUUUUCGUUUUAAAAUUUAAGCUAUUAUGUGGUGAUUGGUCAUGGUACCUACCAUGAAUGCUGGAAUAUAUGAGACAAAUUGCCAUAAAACACUCUCUUUUGUGCAGAACAGUAUUUAUCUUCAACAUCGUAAUCAUGUACAUCUUCGUGCCACUUAAAUGUUUUGUGUUGUGAAAUGUUUGGUCUAGUCUAGAGUGCUUUUGUUCAGCAUGUUGAUCGUUGCUCAUGUUCAAGAUGACAGUUGUGCACACAGUCCAGCGCACUGCAUUAAUGGCAUGUUUAAUAGGAAAUGUGAAAAUUAAUACUUUAUUUGGGGAGCAGUUCAGAUGUUGACACAAUUGUUCUCUAGACAAGACUUGAGGUGAGAUUAGAGGACAGUGCUGUAUGUUUUGUAUGUAAUAUAGCUUCAACACUAAAUUAAUUCUCAUGUGUUUUAUCAAGAGAAGUCCGUGUACAUAAGUUGUUUCUAUUCCAUGAUGUAAACUGCAGAACACAUUAACUUAAGUAUCUUUUUUAAAAAUCAAUUUGAUUACCUUUAAAAUUGGCUUGCUCAGUGGAGGUUAGUUGGAAGAAACUGACCAGACCAUACCAGCAGAAAAAUGCAACAAAAUGUUUUUCUUCAUAGGUCAGAGAUAGUUCUAUACACUAACUUCAGUUGAUGGUUAUUGUUUAAAUAAUUAAAGAAAAUUGCAACAGGUAAAGUUUUAAAAUAAAAUGUUAGAAACAUUCAACAAAUUGGUAUCUUUGGAUAGUGAUGUUUAUGUACAGUAAAAUAGUGCAUGGGUAAAGGACAUGUGAAAACUUUGUUCUUUUGCACUAACUGUGCAAAACUUGUAGGUAGGUACAGUCGCUGUUGAUGCAGAAAACCACUGAAAAGAUGUAUUAGAAGGUGUUUUUCUGUAAACUGAACUGAUGUGGAUAAUCUGGAAUUGGGAGAAUUGAGCAGAAACUUAAAUAUUCAAAAAAUGAACUAAAGGUUCUCUGUUAAACUGGUCCUUGAAUGUAAUGCGCAAAGAAAUAAAUUGAAACUUACCACUAAAGUGAUUUUGUUUGCACAUGACCUGUUUUGCUAAAUCUUUUAACAAAUCCAAUUGUGCCAAAUAUUUAAAGAACUUGUGUUGCUAAAAUAUACUCCAGCUGUGAAGUGCUCUCUUCUCUGCUUUUCCCAAACACACUUAACCACAGAGGUACUACAUUGUAUGUGUAUAUGUAUUGGGUUCACUUUUUCUUAUUAUUGUGUAAUUUGUUUUGGAUGAAAGUAAUGAAAUAAACUGACAGGUUUUUCUUUCAUGGUUUUAUUUUUGAAUUAUCAGUACUAAAACCUAUUUGGUACUAUCGCUGAUUUCACUGACAACCUAUUAUUUUUAAAAGCUUUGUCAUAUCAGUAGUAAACUACAAUAGUUUAUUGUUUAUUGCAGAGGGAGUUGAUUAAUAAACUGUAUGCAGAUAA